UGUUCACACAAUAUGUGAAGUAGACAUACUGACCUUGUGACUCAGACUUCACGCAACGCCCAUGUUCCUGGUAGCUUCGUACUACUCUGUGUUCUAUACAAGUGGCAUCAACACCUACUUCCCACCCAUCAAAUGGUAAGUACAUUCAUGUCCAAGCUUAAACCCAAAGCACUUACAGUAUGUAGGAUCAAUCUGAACACCAUGUUAAUCGAGGUCUUCACCGUCGUCAUCUCUGCUUACCAAGUAAUUAAGUACUGGCGCUUCCAGCGCCCCGCCGCUCGAAAGCUGAGCCACGCCCCCUCCCUCGGUACAACUAUCUCCGUGCGUCCACUGUCGAAGGCGCACUCAGAAGAUACAGGCUCAGCCAUCGAGCCCAUCGACCACAAUCCCAGCGUCGAGUACCUCCAACCCAGCGACCGUCUCAUGACCAUGACAGCAUUAGCCCGCGUCCUGAGCUCGAACCCAGCGCCCCUCCAAGACUUCUCCGCCCGCUGCGACUUCAGCGGUGAGAACAUCGCAUUCCUCACCCGCCUGGCCAAGUUGAAGCAAUUCUACCCUGUCGCCGAGCGCGCACAAGCCUACGACGCCGCUCUGCGCCUCUACAUCGACUUUGUCUCCCCCCGCGAUGCGGCCUUCCCGCUCAACCUCUCCAGCCAGCAACUCAAAGCCCUUGAGGACAUGUUCGAGUCCGCGGCGCGCGCGGUCUGCGGCGAGGCGCUCAAGCCUGCACUGCCCUUCUUCGAGGACCCCAUGUCUGCAACGAGUUCUGGUCUCAACGAGGCGGCCGCGUGGCUGCCAUACCAGGGCGAUGUGCCUGAGGGGUUUCACGAGGGGGUGUUUGAUGAUGCGAGGGAGCACAUCGAGAGUCUGGUGUUGACGAACACGUGGCCGAAGUUUGUGCGCGAGAUGCAGGAGGAGAGAGGAACGAGUAUAGAUAGAGCGCGGUGUGGGAAAUGAGCGGUCGGAUGGUAGUGCCAGGACGGUUGUGAGCAGGAUUACGAGAUUCGUCGCUGGGCUUCGGUAGGAGGGGACAGGUUUCUUGAGCACGUCCUAUAACUAUGGAACCGAGCAUUCUUGUGCAUUGGCGGAGCAAACGCGUCAAGAGAAUGCUUCUGCUCUUCCAAAGCAGCUCGUGCAUAUACUAAAAAAAAUCCUCCAUGGAAUAGACGUGCUUUCAGGGUGAUCUGGUCUGGAUCCCGUCAGAUUGCGAUGGGGUGAGUACGUUUCGAGCGAACCUGCCCGAUAUGGAAACUUAAGUGGCAAGCGUCGAUUGCCGUGCUAAAGUAUGCUUAUUACGCUUAUUGCGAGGUCGGCCACACGACCCAAACCACUCCAACAUCUAGUGCUGAACACGCUGGCGCAGACUGUUCAAUGAUGCAUCGAG